CAAUUUAACCUUUUUAUGUCAAAAAUGAAAAUUCUUCCUCAAAUUCUUUCCUUAUUAUCUUGAGGAAGCUCUCUCUCACACAGUUUCUCUCUCGGAACCUCUUCUUAAUCAAGCCAUUUCAGACGAUUGAUUUGAUACUCUACAUACAUCUUGAAGGAUUUGCUUAUCUACAUGAAGAGUAGAAGGAUGAGACAUGAGAAUGUUCUUCAUACUGCAUUGAGUUGCGAUGACAUCCUCUGCAAUAUCCUUCUCCGAUUACCACCUGAAUCUAUUUCCAAGCUUAUUAUUGUAUCAAAGAGGUGGCUUCACUUGAUAUGCAGCUCUUCUUUUCGUCACAGUUAUUUGAGUCGAUGGAGAGUAGGUUUUAACCUAUUAGGAUUUUUUGUGUGCAAUUCCUUGUACCUUGGAAGACCUCAAGGCGGUGCUCGUCGCCCCCGUUCAGAACCUGCUCUUCCGUUGCUGUCUACUAGUAGAGAGGGUGAUGAUAUGAAGUUUUCUGGGAUCCUUAAACAGCUUGGCUACUUCAUUGACUCUUCCAGUGGCCUUCUUCUUUGUGGUCGCCACCCAAAGGCCUAUUAUGUAUGGGAUCCUGUCACCAAACAACCACAUAAACUACCUCGUCCGCGGGUUUAUUUUGAGGAAUUGUGCAUGGCAUUCCUUGUUGAAGACUCUCCUGAUGAUGAUAUUUGCUAUAGGGUUGUUCGUGCAAAAUGUGAAAGCAGAUUUGAUGAAAUCAACAUUGUUACCAUUGAAACUUUCUCGUCAAAGACCAGUACAUGGAGUUUUUCCAAGCUUACAUGUUCUUCACCUGUAUCUCUAUCACCUUGGACUUCAGGUACUGUGAUUGGAGGUGUCAUCCACUGGUAUGCAGCCCAGGGUAAUGUAGUUAUUUAUGACCCAGAUCAUCUAGAAAAGCGUAUUGCUUUGGUUAAACUCCCAGGCACAUUUGAUUUUGAUGAGCAAGUUCUUGGGGAGUCUUCAGAUGGCUGUCUUCAGUAUGGUUGGAGCUGUAAAUCAGGCCUGCAAAUAUGGGUUCUUGAAAAAGAUUUAGAUGGUUAUACAUCCUUAUUCUCAAGUAACAAACAGUCAAAUGUUAAUUGGAGCUUGAGAUAUAAGUUGAAUUUCAAAAUAAUGUGGAAGAAGAAUCCAACAGUCGCAACAAAAUGUAGUACACGGUCCAAAGAAACUGAAAUAUUGUCAUUUGCUCCACAAAAUUCUGAAUCAGUCUUCAUUAGAUCUGGAUCAAACAUAUUUCUUUAUCACUUUGAGAGUGAAAGGGUGGAACUGAUUCAGUACCAAGGUCGUGGAUCUACCAUCUUAUGGGAUUUUUCUAAAGUAGUGCCCUACUAUAAACGAGCUUGGCCCCAUUCUGCUUUGUGUGGCAGUGGAAACAGCGCAGCAUGAAUGUGUACCGUCUGCUAUAUCUGUGGAAGUUUGUAACUGUUCUUUAGGUACUACUUUGCAGGCACCUGUGUUUUCUUUAGCUAACCUAUGGGUUCAAAUGUGAUGUGUAGUUGGAUUAUAACAGUAUAGUGCUAUUUGUUUUUACUGUUCAUGUCAUUUAUUUUGAUCAAUAAUGUGCCAGUGUUUAACCUUUGAUUUAUACCUGGAAGAUGACUAUGCAUCAUACCAUGAGUUCUCGAUGGACUGUAAUGGUAUAUGGCAUUUAUUCAAAUUCCUGCAUUAAUUACUAGUGAUACAGUAUUCAUGGAAAAUAAUAAAUUGAAGAAAUGUUCAGAGAAACUGAGAAUUAGGUUGGAUUGGAAACACUGCAAAAUUUGGAAAUAGUUAUGUGCUUCAAUUACUUUCCAUUGAUAAAAGAUGAACUAAUUGUACAACAUAAGGGAAAAUUUUGACUGCUAUGCUAAGUAGGGAACAAAGAUGUUCCUCUUUGAAUCAAUGACCUAUAUGUGGAAAAAAUUUU